AGAAACCCUUCAUAAAUAGAUCGGAUUAUAUUUCUCCGCACUUCACUAUGAUUCAUCUUUUCUUCUUCAACACCAUCACUUGAACGUCUCACAAACAAAGUCAUUUUUUUAAAAACCUUAAGAAACAUGUCUUAAAUACUGAGUCAAAAACUUUAAUUGCCAACAUGGAGAAAUCAGGUGACAAAGAUGACCAUUGCUGGCCAUCUAACACCAUGUACAGUCAACAUCCAUCCUUAAGAAAACUGGAACCCUUCGAAAAACAAUAUUUAAUAGCUGUGGAAAGAGGAGAUGUUGUUCGAGUUACAAGAAUACUUGAAAUGAAAAACAAAAAUUCAGCAAUGCUACUAGACGUGAAUUGUAAGGAUCCCGUGGGUCGCUCUGCUACUUUAAUGGCAAUUGAUAAUGAAAAUUUAGAUAUACUUGAAUUAUUGCUGGAGCACGGAGUUGAAAGUAGAGAUGCAUUAUUACAUGCCAUAAAUGCUGAAUACGUCGAAGCUGUUGAUCUUCUUCUGGAACAUGAAGAAAUAGUCCACAAGGAAAAUGAACCACAUAGUUGGGAGAAAGUGGAUCGUGAUAUCUCUACUUUUACAGCAGAAAUCACACCAUUGAUAUUAGCAGCCCAUAAAGAUAAUUACGAAAUUUUAAAAAUUUUAUUGGAUCGUGGUGCUACCUUGCCUAUGCCACACGAUGUUCGAUGUCGAUGUCGUGAUUGUGUACAAGCCAUGGAAGAUGAUUGCUUAUGUCACUCAAGAUCCAGAAUCAAUGCUUAUCGAGCACUCUCUUCCCCAUCUUUAAUUUGUUUAUCCUCUAUUGAUCCUAUAUUGACAGCAUUUGAAUUAUCAUGGGAACUUCGUAGACUAAGCAUGGCAGAGAAUGAAUUCAAAGAAGAUUAUGUUAAACUUCGUUCUCGCUGUCAGGAUUUUGCCACAGCUUUAUUAGAUCAUGCUCGAAGCUCUCGAGAAUUGGAAAUGGUUUUGAAUUAUGAUCCAGCUCGACCACUUUAUCAACAUGGAGAGCACAUGCACCUAGCUAGAUUAGAAAUGGCAAUUAAAUAUAAACAGAAGAAGUUUAUUGCUCACCCAAAUGUGCAACAACUGUUAAGUUCAUUAUGGUACGAUGGAUUACCUGGCUUUCGAAGACAAAAUCCUCUUUAUCAGCUCUGGGAUAUCAUCAAAAUCGGAGCUCUGUUUCCAUUUUAUUCUGUUAUGUAUAUGGUGUGUCCUAAUACAGAGAAGAGUCAACUGGUUCGAAAACCCUUUUUUAAGUUUAUCAUCCAUUCUUUCUCCUAUUUAUUUUUUCUAUUUUUACUGAUACUGGCAUCACAAAGAGUGGAAACAAUUGUGGCAGAAUGGUUUGGAAAUGAAGAAAUGCAAAUAAGUUCGCAUGAAGCUCUAAGAAAGCAAAGAGGUCAACCCCCCACAAUUCUUGAAACUACUAUACUGCUUUAUAUCAUAGCACAUAUAUGGCAAGAGACCAGAGAGCUUUGGACAAAAGGAAUAGUUCUAUAUUUUCAUAAUUUAUGGAAUAUUAUUGACUUUACAAGAAAUAGCUUAUAUGUUGGAACUGCUGGAAUGCGUAUUUUAGCUUACUUUCAAGCUCAAGCAGAAAUUUCUGACAAUCCUAUGGCAGUGUUUAUUCCUAGAGAAGCUUGGAAUGCAUAUGAUCCGAUGCUAAUAGCUGAUGGCUUAUUCGCAGCUGGAAAUGUUUUUGCGGCUCUUAAAUUAGUUCAUAUAUUUUCGAUCAAUCCUUAUCUAGGACCCUUACAAAUUUCCUUGGGUAGAAUGGUCAUAGAUAUUAUUAAAUUCUUCUUCAUCUAUGCUCUAGUAUUAUUUGCAUUUGCUUGCGGUUUGAACCAACUACUUUGGUACUACGCUGAUAUGGAAAAGAAGCAAUGUUUCAGUGGACCUGGUGGAACCGAAAAUUGGACUCAGCAAAGGGAUUCAUGUUUAGCUUGGCGAAGAUUUUCCAACCUUUUUGAAUCAUCUCAAACUCUCUUCUGGGCAAGCUUUGGACUUGUUGAUAUCAGUAACUUUGAAUUAACGGGAAUAAAAAGUUAUACUCGAUUCUGGGGUCUUUUAAUGUUUGGAUCCUAUUCUGUAAUCAAUGUGGUCGUAUUGCUGAACCUCCUCAUAGCUAUGAUGAGCAAUUCUUACAAUAUUAUCUCAGAAAGAGCUGAUGUAGAAUGGAAAUUCGCCCGAACUACUCUUUUCAUGAACUAUUUUGAAGAAGGAAGUACAGUACCCCCACCCUUUAAUAUAUUUCCCACUUUCAAACACUUUUUACGCUUAUUUGGAAAGAAGACUUCGUUCAGAGACAUGUCAUUUAAGAAAAAAGAAACGAAGAUGAAAGAAAGAGAUACCAUUUAUCAGAGUGUGAUGUGCAACCUUGUUUGGCGAUAUGUAACUGCUCAACAGAAAGAGACAGAGAGUCAUCCAGUAACAGAAGAUAAUGUGAAUGAGUUACGACAAGAUAUAUAUUCAUUCCGUCAUGAUCUCAUGCGGGUACUUAAAGGUAAUGGCAUGAACACAAAGGACAUAGAAAAAGAAAAAUUUGAUGUUUCAGGAAAGCGACUUCAGAUACAAAAGAGACGUUUAAUAAAAGAUUUUCAAAUUGGAUUGAUGGAAGUAUGCACUGAUGAAGCUGCUCCUGAAGUUGCGAGUAAUAAAAGCAUGCUUGCAAGAUUGGUUGGUCUUAGUGGAAAUGAAAAUAGAAGCUCACAGAGAUGGAGAGAUCUCAUUCAAGCAGCAAAAAAAUCUAAGAUAAUUGGUAAUAGAGAUUCAGACAGUGGACGAUUUGGAAGCAUAAAAAAGAAAAAUGAACAAGAACAAGACCAAGAAAUAAAGAAACAAGAUACAAUGAACCCACCAAAAGAUAGAGUGGAAUCAGAAAAUUAUCAAACUUCUGAAAGUAACUUAUAUCCAAAGCUUUCUCCAAAAGAUAAACCUGAAACAGAAAAUUAUCAAACAUCUGGAAGCAAUUUGUAUCCUAAAAUUCCGGAAGAAGACUUGACUUCUUCAAUGCAAUUCACCAAGACUGUGACAACACAGCCGAUUUCAACAGGCAGUCCCACACUUAAAGCGAGAAAUAUGACUGAAAGCAAACCAUCUAUCAACCAACCAAUUCAGCCAAUUAAGAGUUCUUUGAGUCAAGGAGUGAAACUUUCUCCUGAAGCUCUUUUAAGACACUCUCCACAAAAAGCAAAAGACAUGAAAAAACAAGCUCCACAGCCAGUUGAAAAAGUUUCUCAAGAUCAAGUUUGUGCCAGUGUCAGCAAAUCACCAAAAUUCCGACCACCACCAAUUAUUCCACGUGAAAAAUCAGACCUUAUGCAAAAUAAAACAAAUGAUAAUCCUUCUAUUAAAAUGAAAACAAGCAGCGAACGAGCAACCUGUAAAGAUACUUCAAUUACAGUAUCAACGUCACCAGAGAAAAAACAAUCGAAAGCUGAUCCUAUGAUGUCAGUAAAUAUGAAUCAAAGUACUAAGGAAAUCGGAGAGUUAAUUGAUUUUAAUGAAAAUAAGGACACUGAACGUGCGUUGAAUGUUACUCCAGGAAAUAUCAGUACAUUCAGUGGAGUAAAACAGAAAAUUCAGAGCUCAGAACGAAAAGACAAUCUAUUAGAAAACGUAAGUUCUAUUGCAUCUCCCAUGCCAUCUAGCCAGAAUCCUCUGACAUCAGUCGCGCAGACUAAUCCGAAUCUUAUUGCUUCUUCCAUGCAAUCUAAUCAGAGUCCUAUUCGGUCAGUCCCGCAGACUAAUCAGAAUCUUAUUACUUCUACCACGCAAUCUAACCAGAGUCCUAUUCGGUCAGUCUCUCAGACUAAUCAGAAUCUUGUUGCUUCUACCAUGCAAUCUAAUCAGAGUCCUAUUCGGUCAGUCUCGCAGACCAAUCAGAAUCCUAUUACAACAGUCACGCAGGCAAAUCAGAAUCCUGUUGCUUCCACUACGCAGGCUAAUCAGAAUUCUAGUCAAACUACACUUGAUAAUCAGUCCAACGUUAUCGAACCAAACAAGAGCAAGCAUCCAAUAGCUCCUUUAUUUGAAAGCAAAGGUUGGCUUUAGAAGCCUAUUCUGCUGAAACAUAUCAUUUAUGUCUGCUGCUCCUAAAAACAACUAAAUUUAGACUCAAUAUGAAACUUAUAUAUUUAGUUAAAUAUAUUUCUGCAUAGAAACGAAAAAUAAUGUAUUUUACAAUUUGGAUCUUUUUCGACUUUAUAUUGCGCAUGCGUGAAAAAAAAAGUAUAAAAUAAAAAUUAUCUGUUGUA